AUGGCGGCGGCGGGGGACGACGAAGCGCUGUGGGAAGCCGGGGCUUCGGAUGGCGAGGACGACGACGACGGGGAAGAGGGCGGGGGAGGCGGCGGCGGCGCGGCCGAGCAAAAUAGAAUACAACACGGUGUCGCCUUUGUUUUUAAGCUGUCCAUCAACGCCUAUGAUUACAACUGUCAUCUGGACCUGAUCAAACUGUUGCAGCAGGAAGGAGAACUCGUCAAGCUCCGGAAAGCCCGUCAGAAGAUGAGCGAACUUUUCCCCCUCACAGAAGAGAUCUGGCUAGACUGGCUGAAGGAUGAGAUUCGGAUGGCGACAGAAAACUCUGACCGGGAAAAGAUCUACAAUCUCUUUGAGAGAGCUGUGAAAGACUAUCUUUGUCCAGAAAUAUGGCUGGAGUACGCGCAGUACUCCAUUGGGGGAAUUGGCCAAGAGGGAGGCAUAGAGAAAGUCCGCUCCAUAUUUGAAAGGGCGCUGACCGCCGUGGGCCUUCACGUGACCAAAGGAGCUGCCAUUUGGGAGGCUUUCCGGGAGUUUGAAAACGCCAUCUUGGAAACGGUGCAGCCAGCAGCUGGCAGCGUCGCCUCUCCUGAAUCACAGCAGACAGUCAGUGCGCAGCUUGACAAGAUUCACUCUCUCUUCCGGCGCCAGCUGGGGAUCCCGCUGUGGGAUAUGGAAACGACGUUUGCAGAGUACGAAGAGUGGUCGGAAGAGCCUGUCCCAGAAGCAGUGGUGAAAAACUACAGGAAGGCUUUGCAGCUGAUGGAGAAAUACCGGCCCUACGAAGAGGCCCUGCUGGUCGCCGAGGCACCCAAGCUGGCUGAGUACCAGGCCUACCUCGACUUUGAGGUGAAGGCUGGUGACCCGGCUCGCAUUCAGCUGACCUACGAGCGUGCCCUGGCAGAGAACUGCCUUGUCCCAGACCUGUGGGCCCGUUACACUCAAUAUCUGGACAGGCAGCUCAAAGUGAAAGAGCUGGUGCUCUCCGCGCACGAACGGGCUGUGAGGAAUUGCCCCUGGACGGUCAGGCUGUGGAACCAGUACCUCCUGGCCAUGGAGAGGCAUCGGGUGGAGCAUCACACGAUUGCCGAAACCUUCCAAAAGGCUUUGGCGGCCGGCUUCAUCCAGGCGACGGACUACGUGGAAAUCUGGCAGGCCUACCUGGAUUACCUCCGGAGAAGGGUGGAUUUUGCGCAAGACUCCAGUAAAGAGCUGGAGGAACUUCGGGCGGCUUUUGCCCAGGCGUUGGACUACCUCAAGCAAGAAGUGGAAGAGCGGUUUAGCGAGAGCGGCGACCCUUCCUGCACCAUCAUGCAGACCUGGGCGAGGAUCGAGGCUCGCCUGUGUCACAACAUGCAGAAGGCCCGGGAACUCUGGGACAGCAUCAUGACCAAAGGGAAUGCUGCCUACGCCAACAUGUGGCUGGAAUACUACAACCUGGAGCGGGCACACGGGGACACCCAGCACUGCCGCAAGGCUUUGCAUCGGGCCGUCCAGUGCACGAGCGACUACCCUGAGCAUGUCUGCGAGGUGCUGCUGACCCUGGAAAGGAUCGAAGGUACUUUGGAAGACUGGGAUGCCGCUGUGCAGAGAACAGAGACUCGGCUGGCUCGAGUCAACGAGCAAAGGAUUAAGGCAGCCGAGAAGGAGGCGGCCGUCACGAGUCAGCGGAAGCCAUCUCGGGCCGAGAAGAAGGCCGCCAAGAAGUCCAGGAAGACCAAGGCUGGGGACAAGCGCAAAGCCGAGGACGAUGGCCCGGGGGAGUGGGGGCAAGAGGAGAGAGAUGAACAGCCCAGCAAGAAGCGCCGAGGGGGUGGCGGUGGAGACACGGCAGCGGCAGCUGAGGAAGACGAGGUGGAGGAAGCAGAGGAGGAGGUGGAAGCCAUGGAGACGGAGGCUGGGCUUUUUGGAAGGAACAGGGCCCCCAGAGCAGAUCCGAAACCGAAAGUGGUGGCAGCCGCCGCCAUCGCUCCCAAGCGGAAAGAGACGCCCAGGAUCGCUCACGACAGCGAGAAGGACAGCGUCACCGUCUUCGUCAGCAACCUCCCCUACAGCAUGCCGGAGCCUGAGGCCACCCUGAAGGCCCUCUUCGCCGAGUGCGGAGAGGUGGCCGACGUCCGCCCCAUCUUCAGCAACAAAGGGCUUUUCCGGGGCUACGCGUACGUCGAGUUCAAGGACGAGAAGGCGGCUCUCCAAGCCCUGAACCUGGAUCGCAAGAACGUGGAAGGGAGGCUGAUGUACGUCUCCCCCUGUGUCGACAAGGCCAAGAAUCCAGAUUUUAAGGUCUUCAAGUACAGCACAGCCCUGGAGAAACACAAACUCUUUGUCUCUGGUUUGCCGCGUUCCUAUACGAAGGAGGCGCUGGAAGAAUUGUGCAAAGCCCACGGGAACGUUCGGGAGGUCCGUCUGGUCGCCAACCGAGCUGGGAAAUCCAAGGGCUUGGCUUACGUCGAGUUUGAGAACGAAGCCCAGGCCUCGCAGGCGGUGUUGAAAAUGGACGGCCUGACCAUCGACACCCACACCAUCAAGGUGGCCAUCAGCAACCCGCCAGCCCGUAAACUCCCCGAGAAGUUGGAGGCUGCAGGGAGGAACUUCCAGACCCCACUUCCCCGGCAGGUUUAUGGCGCCCGGGGCAAGGGGAGGACCCAGCUCGCGAUGAUCCCACGGGCGUUGCAGCGCCAGAGCAACCCGGUGGCCAAGGUGGAGAACGGGACGACCCCCAACCCGCCCGCCACCCCUUCCUCUUCUUCCGAGGAGCCCAAGCAGCUCUCCAAUGCAGACUUUGCCAGGAUGCUGCUGAACAAGUGAGACAGCCCCCCCCCCAGCGUCAAGAAAGACCAGGAAGCCUGGGAAGGGUUGGGGGCAGGGAAGAGUGGUGGGGGCCCUUUUCGAAGCCACCGCCUUGCUCCCUGCGUGCUUGCAAGCCACCCCACCCCGGCCACCCGUCGCUCCGUACCUGGACGUUCACACCUCCCGAUCUGGGCGGGGCAAGGGGGUGCCAAAACCCAAGUUUGCUCCCUCCCUCCCUCCCUCCCUGAGAAUCAGAGGGCGCAAAGCGUUGCAUUUGGGUUGUGUGUGGUUAAAAUGGCUUUAAACGCUCCCUCAUAUUGAGGGGUAAGGUGGUAGGGAACUCACGUUUGAGGCCAGGAUACAACCCUGCUUUACGAGAGCGCACCUUUUUUCCUUCUUUUUGUUGAGUGGUUGGUUGACGCCUCAAAGCAGGAUAAAAUCUAAUGUGAAAGCUGAUCAUGCUCAUUUUGUACAUAUCCCACUGCAGGCCCAGAGCUUGGAUGCUGUGGGCAGGGUCUCUCUGUCACACACACACAGUGCACUAUUUAGACACAAACCACACACACACACACAGAGAGACCUCUUGUCGCCCUCUUUCAAGCGAUUCUAAAUUUACGGCAGACGCUUGCCGCUUCACCGUAAUGGCCUCUUUUAUUACUGGGGUGGAAGGGUUGGCAUUUAUACGGAAUCGAUCCACAGUAUAUGACUCGACUGGGUUUGUGUGCUUGUUCUUUUUUUUUAAAUCAUCUUCCUUUGUGUCUUUGUAAAUGACCUGCCAGACUAUGAUUUUUGAGUUUUCCUUCUGAGGCAAAGAUAAGGGGGGAUUUCCUCCCCUUAAAGCUUAAGAGGCAUCAUCCGUUCUGCGGACCAUAUGGGGCGUUUCUGUUUUGUUGUUGUUUUCUUAACAUCUGCCAUUUGUUUGCUAUCUUGAUGCUUUUUGGCGAUCGUUUUUGCUCGUCCAGAGUUUCAUUUGAGAGGUUUUGUACACCGUGUGAAAUGUGGGCUUCGGCUCUUCAUUAAAGUUCAGUUCUCAAACUGCAUAGAUGCC